AUGUCCGACAGUGGAAAGUUCGACAACGUUCUUUUUUCUCUUGCUCAGCAACUUCCUGGGGGAGUUCCGCAACUUUUGGACGUCGUUUUCGAAUUUUUGUCCAGGAAAACUGACUUCUAUAGCGGUGCUGGUAUCGACAAGGCUAGAGAACUUAUUCUUGAAAAAUUUGACAAGCAUAGCAAGGAAGCCCUACGCGAAGCCGAAGAAAAUCGACGAAGAAAAGAAGAGCAAGAAAGAAAACUGGCCGAACGUCGCGCAGCUCAGAAGGCGAAGGAAGAAGAAGAAUUCCGUCGCAAUGCGGAAAGCAAAAUUGUGGAAGUCACCGAUGAGGAAGCGGCUGAGUUCGAGCGCCAAAAAUCAAAGCGAAGUUCCGCACCUUCUACUUCUCCAAAGGAGGGUGAAAAUGAGGAAGACAGCAAUUUAAUGGAACCUAAUUCUGGCAAUGGUGCUGAUUUGGAGAAAUAUCAAUGGACCCAAACUCUCCAGGAAGUCGAGGCGCGAAUUCCGUUCCACGUUCCAUAUCCAGUCCGUGCUCGCGACGCUGUGGUCAAGAUUGAAAAGCAAAGAAUUUUCAUUGGAUUGAAAGGAAAACCAGCGAUUGUAGAGGGCAACCUUCAUGCGCCGAUCAAAGUCGAUAGCUCUAGCUGGGUAAUCGACAAUGGAAAAGCGGUGGUAUUGACCUUGGAGAAAUGUAAUGACAUGGAAUGGUGGAAUCGACUGUUUGAUACUGAUCCUAUAAUUGACACGAAAAAAGUACAACCAGAAAAUUCGAAGUUGAGUGAUUUGGAUGGCGAAACUCGUGCGAUGGUUGAGAAAAUGAUGUACGAUCAAAGACAAAAAGAAAUGGGAUUGCCAACUUCUGAUGAAAAAAAGAAACAAGAUAUUCUUAAAAAGUUCAUGGAUCAACACCCAGAAAUGGAUUUCACAAAUGCGAAAAUCAGCUAA